GGAACCGGACACGGCCCGGGGCGAACGGGGCGGGACCGAGCCCCGGAGGGCGCAUUUUGGAGUCUCUGACUCCCAUCACGCUUCAGCGGGACGCCACUUAUGGGGGGCGCGCCCGUUUUCUUCUCCCGGAGGGUUCUCGACACCCCCGUCCUUUUCGGGGUCCCCCCCAUGCGCCGCCAUUUUGCUGCACCCCCAAGCAGCCGCCAUUUUGCUCUUAGGACGGUCUCUAUUCAUCUCCGCUGGGCGCCUCCAUUUUGUUGUACCCCGGGGGUGCGCUAUUUACGGAGUCCCCCAUCCGGCGGCCCUCACGGGGCCUCCUCACCGGCAGCCGCGUAGGAAGAUCCCCGGUGCCUCCUCCGGAGGUUUCCAGCCCUUUGUGGCGGGACAGGACGGCGCCACAAUCACCCCGCUCCCACCUCCGCGCCCAUAAUGGUUCAUCCCACAGCGCCCUCACGGUCCCGCCUAAACCUCAGCCAAUCAGCGCCGCGCUCCGCCGGAAGUAGCCGAGCGCCGGAAGCGUCGCUAUGGCAACGAGCGGAAGUCCCGCUCUCUCCCGGAAGUGGCGGCGCGGCCAUGGGCGCCUCGAAGAAGCACCGGGAGCGCGGCGGGGCCGAGGCAGCCGAGGAGGCUCCGGGAGCGGCCGGGACGGGCGGAGGCGGCAGCGCGGGGCGGCCCCGCGAGCACCGCAAACAUCGGCACCGCGGCGGGGAGCGGCGGGGGAAGCGCAGCCGCUCCCGGGGGGAGCGCGGGGGCUCCGGGGGAGGCUCCGGUUCCUCCCGGCGCGGAGGCCCUGAGGAGCCCGGGAGGAGCGGCCAUGGCCGGGGAGGCUCCGAGAACGAGCGGAGAGCCAAGAGGGAGAGGAAGGAGGAGCGGGAGGAGCCCGCAGCUCCUAAAUCUACAGCAGCCGAAUCCUCCUUGAGCGUGGAAGAAACCAAUAAACUCCGCGCCAAACUGGGGCUCAAACCACUGGAAACCAGUGCGGUGAAGAAAGAGGCUGGCACCAAGGAGGACCCGGUGGCGGCCGAGGUGAUCAAUCCCCUGGCGCUGCGGCAGCGCGAGGAAAUCCGCGAGAAACUGGCGGCGGCCAAGGAGAAACGGCUGCUGAACCAAAAACUGGGGAAAGUGAAGACUCUGGGGGAGGAGGAGCCCUGGCUGGACGACGCGGCCGCGUGGAUCGAGCGCAGCCGGGCGCUCCAGAGGGAGAAAGAACUGGCAGAAAAAAGGGCCAAGCUGCUGGAGGAGAUGGAUCAGGAGUUCGGUGUCAGCCCCUUGGUGGAGGAGGAGUUCCUGCGGCGGCGGCGGGAGCGUUACAGUGCCCGGGACCUGCAGGGGCUGACGGUGGAGCACGACCCGGCCUCGAUCCCCGAGGGACAAACGCUGGUGCUGACCCUGAAGGACAGGGGUGUUCUGGAGUCGGGUGAGGACGUUCUGGAGCAGGUUGCGCUGGCGGCGGCUGCGCGGGCGCGGGAGGAUCAGGAGCUGCGGCGGCGCCGCCCCGGCUACGACCCCUACAGCGAGCAGGAGCCGGGCUCCGCCCCUCAGGCGCCCGCGCUGCUGCCGCAGUACGACGAGCCGGCGCCGCGCCCCUCGUUCCGCCUGGGCCCGGGGGGGACGCAGGACGCGGGGGGGGACCCCCGGCCCGGGCCCCUCCCCCCCCCCGGCCCCGCCCCCCAGAGCCUGGAGCUGCCCCUCCCCCGCCUGGCCCCGGAGUACCUGAGCCCCGAGGAGAUGGCGGUGACGUUCCGGAAAACGCGGCGCCGCGUUCGGAAACUGCGGAAAAAGGAGAAACCCCUCAAGGCCGACGAUCUCCUGGCGCUGGCCCCGGGCGACACCCAGGGGGAUUUCGGCUCCAGGUCGCGGGGCCGAGGCCGGCGGGUGCAGGAGGAUGAGGAAGGGGCCGGGGGGGACCCUGAAAACGCCUCCAGCCCCCCCGAGGGGACCCCCCAGGCCCCGCUGCCCUCGGACGACACCCGCACGGAAAACAUGGAAAUCAGCAGUGACGAGGAGGCAGCGGCCCCCGGGACCCCCCCGGCCCUGGAGGAAGAUGAGGCAGAGCAGGAGCUGCAGCAGCAGCUGGAGCGGGGCCGGCGCCUGCGGCAGCUGCGGGAGCUGCGCGAGGGAGGGGGAGAGAAGGUGCUGGAGCUGCUCCGGGGGGGCUCUGGGGGGGUCCCGGGGGGGCCGGACCCCCGGGCCGGGGGCAGCAGCAUCGUCUUCAACGCCACCUCGGAAUUCUGCCGGACCCUGGGAGAGAUCCCGACCUACGGCCUGGCCGGGAACCGCGAGGAGCAGGAGGAGCUCAUGGCCCUGGAGCGCGCCGGCCGCCCGGCGUCACCCCCGGAGCCCCCGGAUUCGGAGGGGGAGGAGAACGUGGGGUGGAGCAGUGUCAACCUGGCCGAGGAGCGGCAGCACCAGGAUUUCUCGGCCUCGUCUACCACGAUCCUGGACGAGGAGCCCAUCGUGAACCGGGGGCUGGCGGCGGCGCUGCUGCUGUGCCAGAACAAAGGGCUGUUGGAGACCACGGUGCAGAAAGUGGCGCGAGUGAAAGCCCCGAACAAAUCCCUGCCCUCGGCCGUGUACUGCAUCGAGGACAAGAUGGCCAUCGAUGACAAGUACAGUCGCCGUGAGGAGUUCCGGGGUUUCACGCAGGAUUUCAAGGAGAAGGAGGGGUACAGGCCCGACGUCAAGAUCGAGUACGUGGACGAGACCGGCCGCAAGCUCACCCCCAAGGAGGCGUUCCGGCAGCUCUCCCACCGCUUCCAUGGGAAGGGCUCGGGGAAGAUGAAGACGGAGCGGAGGAUGAAGAAACUGGACGAGGAGGCGCUGCUGAAGAAGAUGAGCUCCAGUGACACCCCCCUGGGCACGGUGGCGCUGCUGCAGGAGAAGCAGCGCGCCCAGAAAACGCCGUACAUCGUCCUGAGCGGCUCCGGCAAGAGCAUGAACGCGAACACCAUCACCAAAUGAGGGGCGUGGGGACACCUGGGGACACCCUGGGGACACCUGGGGACACCCUGGGGACACCCCUGGACAUUGGGGACACCCCUGGACACCCCCGGGGACAUUCCUGGAUACCUGGGGACACCUUUGGGAUAUUGUGGGACCCCCUGGGGACACCCAGGGACCCCUUUGGGACCCCCUGGGGACACCCCUGGACAUUGGGGACCCCCUGGGGACGCCCCUGUCCCCCCUCCCCGCCCCUGGGGACAAUAAAAUUCUCCGCAGUC